AUGUUUUCUCUUUAUCACUCAUUGCUCACUAUUUCUCUAUAUCACCCACUCUCAUUCAAUCCCUUUAUCUUCCAUUCCCUCUCACUCACUCACUCUCAUACUCCUGUUAUCUUUUUCCCACUCACUCUUACUGUCUCUUACACUUUCUCUCACUCAUUAUCUCUCUGCUAUUCUCACACUCUUGCACCCUCACAUUUCUUCACUAUCUUUCUUACUCAACCUUUCUUAGUAUCUCACUGUUUCUCUCUAUUACCCAUUCUUUCUCUCUCAUGUCAUCUCUCUCAUGCUCUCACUAAAUAUUUCUGUAUUUCUCCCUUUUACUCACUUUUUGUCUCUCUCAUUCUAUCUUCAGUUCAAUACAGUUUUACAUUUUGUCGACACACAUCUAUCUAUCUAUCUAUCUAUCUAUCUAUCUAUCUAUCUAUCUAUCUAUCUCAGUCUGUUCAGAUCUAUAUAUCUAUCUAUCUCAGUCUGUUCAGGUCUAUCUAUCUAUUUGUUCAGAUCUAUCUAUCUAUCUAUCUAUCUAUCUAUCUCAGUCUUUUUCUCUCUUUCUACCUAUAUCUAUCUCAUGUUACUCAUAUCUAUCUAUCUAUCUAUCUAUCUAUCUAUCUAUCUAUCUAUCUAUCUAUCUCUACAUUUAUCUAUCUCAUUUUAUUAUUUUUAUCUAUCUGUUCUUAUCUACAUUUAUCGAUCUCAUUUUAUUCAUAUCUAUCAUUCUAUCUCAUUUCCUAUCUAUCUAUCUAUCUCUCUAUCUGGCAGAAAGAAAUAAUUGAUUUUCUGUAUGAUUAUGGCCUCAUAUGGGUUGGCGAAGCAAAUGCUGGCAAUGAAAAUCUUGACUGUGCCACCUCAAGAGGAUCGAACGAAAACCAUGUCUGGAAACCAGGUGAAUCAGUAGUGUCAUCUCUCCCAGAAGUGGACUAUGAUAUUGUCAUCCAAAAAAUCAAAGAAUUGAAUGUGCUGGUUGGUGAUGGAGUGACCCAAGUGGAACAUACCAAAGAUGGAGCUCGAUUGAAAUAUCCGGACCCAGUGCAACUGACACUCUACAAAAAUGGCAUACUUAUGUUUGAUGGUCCAUUUCGCCCUCUGACUGAUCCCAUGACCCGGCACUGCUUGUACGAUAUCAUGGAAGGUUAUUUCCCUUCUGAACUUCAGGCCAAAUAUCCCGAUGGUGUCCCUUUCAAGGUGACAGAUAAGAGAGAAGUUUAUUAUGAAGACACUCGUUAUCAUGAAUGUUUCCCUGGAGUUGGGAAGACACUGAGUAACAAGGAUGAAGAAUCAGAUUCUGGUCUGGAGAAUAUUUUACAAGCAUCAACUUUAAAGAUCUCUGACCAACGAAACAAAGUUGUGAAUGAACGUCCAGGGCCAGCUUUAUCAGUGAACCAGUUUGUGGAAAGAUUGCCACCAUGUGUUAUCAAAAAUGGAAGAGUCAUUGACAUCCGACAAUCUCUAUGGAGCCGAUUGAAGGGUGAUACCAGUGAGACCCAAGUCAGCAUUGUGGACACUGAAGCAACCCAAGAAAUGAAACAAAGACUUCAGAAUGUCCAUCUGCAAAGACAAGAAAUCCCAGAAAGUGUUGCAACAUUGAGAGUCAAGUCUGAGAAUGGGGAGCAUACAUACGUGCUGAAGAUGAAACCCCACGAAACCAUAGGUGACCUUCGAAGAUAUUUAGAUAAACAGAGGGAUUCUGACAAUUCACCAGCCUACCAGAUUCUGUCCACCUUUCCUCACAUCUAUCUAUCUAUCUAUCUAUCUAUCUAUCUAUCUAGUGGAAUGCUGAUCAAAGCUGAAAAUUAUCUAUCUAUCUAUCUAUCUAUCUAUCUAUCUAUCUAUCCCGGCAUGUUGCUCGCUUCACGCGUAGCCACUGCCCUGGUACCCGUUGCACUCGUAGCCGCUGCCCGGGUACUCGGUGCAUGCGUAGACGCUGUCCUGGUAUCUGCUGCCCUGGUAACUGCUGCACUCAUAGCCGCUGCCGUGGUGCUCGCUUCAUGCGUAGCCGCUGCCCUGGUAUCUGCUGCCCUGGUACCUGCUGCACUCAUAGCCGCUGCCCUCAUAGCCACUCAACCAACUAAUGGUGGCUGA